GAGCUGCUGUUGGUGGCCGCCUACUUCCUGAUUUGACCACAGCAGACGAAAACGGCUAAUAGACCGGAGCCAAAAUACAACAGAAAGGAUCGUUUUUGUUGAAAUUAACAGUAUAAGAGGCCCAGGUUUGAACUCCACCGCGGUGGGAUUGUUUGAAGGAGUGUCUUCGCCGCUCUAUCGCCGUGAUGGUGGAGACUCCGGCCGGCUGUCUGUUUGAAGACAUCCAGUAUGAAGACAUCCAAGUCGAAGCGGCUGUCGGCAGAGGCACAUUUGGUGUCGUCUUUAAGGCCAUUUGGAAAGGACAGGAUGUCGCAAUCAAGACCAUUGAGAGCGAGAAUGAGAGGAACGCUUUCCUUGUUGAGCUGCGGCAGCUCUCCCGUGUGAAUCACCCGAACAUCGUAAAGCUAUAUGGCUCCUGUGACAACCCAGUCUGUUUGGUCAUGGAGUAUGCAGAAUGUGGCUCUUUAUAUAACCUCCUUCACAGCGCAGACCCACAGACUCCCUACACUGCCGCUCACGCCAUGAGCUGGUGUUUGCAGUGUGCACAGGGAGUCGCUUAUCUGCACGCUAUGAAGCCCAAGGCCUUAAUCCACCGAGACCUCAAACCGCCAAAUCUGCUGCUGGUGAAUCGAGGGAUGGUGCUGAAGAUCUGUGACUUUGGAACAGCUUGUGACAUUCAGACCUAUAUGACCAAUAACAAAGGCAGCGCCGCCUGGAUGGCUCCGGAGGUGUUUGAAGGCAGUAACUACAGUGAGAAGUGUGACGUGUUCAGCUGGGGGAUCAUCCUGUGGGAGGUUAUCACAAGAAAGAAACCCUUCGAUGAGAUCGGUGGCUCGGCGUUUUGCAUCAUGUGGGCCGUCCACAGAGGUACUCGUCCUCCUCUGAUCAAAGACCUUCCUGAGCCUGUCGAGACGCUGAUGACGCGCUGCUGGGACAAAGAGCCAAGUCUGAGACCGUCUAUGGGGGAGGUGAAGAACACGAUGCGCAGCCUUAUGAAGUACUUUCCAGGCUCUGAUGAACCUCUAAAGCUCUCUCAUCAGUCUUCAGCCAACAGGAGCGGCUCAGCAUCGGCCGUUGGCACAGGCUCCUACACUGACUUCACCUUCAACAGUAACAGGAGCGACGACAACUCCGAGCACAGAAACUCAACCGGACGAGAGGAGACGCUGAAGAGCUUCGAGGCCAAAUUUCCACUUCAGUUCAAACCCUCAAAGACGGCCACUCUGCGGACCGGUCUGUCCAGAGUUUCCAGCGUAGAAAGCCAACCAGGACGCUCCCAAAGCCCCACCCAUUCCACCAGCCCCGUGACCACCACCAGCCAAUCAGAGCUUAGGAUGACAUUCAGUCCCACAGCAACCAACGGUUUGGACAGCUCCAUGCCUCUAGCUUACCUGAAACUGGACCAUCAGCUACAGCCUUUGGCACCUUGUCCAAACUCCAAAGAGUCGAUGGCGGUGUUUGAGCAGCACAUCAGGAUGGCUCAGGAGUACCUCAAAGUCCAGUCUGAGAUCUCUCAGCUUAUUCGGAGGAAGCAGGAGCUGAUGUUAGAGCUGGAGCAGGACCAGAGGGAGCAGCAGACGUCGUCCCGACUCAUCCAGGAGCACAGCAAGCUGCUGGAGGACAACAGCAGCCUGUCAGCCCACGCUCAGGGCUUAAAGAGUAAGCUGAGCCUGAUCAAGGGUCAGAACCAGCACCACAGCUAGGACACCUGCUGUCCUCACUGGUUUCUGUGAGAGGAGUCACUCCAUAAAAUGACUCUAAAGGAGGUAACCACACAAAGAAGGGAACAGAACUCACCGGAAAAAACAUGUAAGGAGAGUUACCUUGAGAUUCUAUGAGACCAAAGACAUUCAUGUGGAUUUUAACCCUGAAAUGGACUGGAAUGGUUUAUUUCUUUGUGGCCUUCUGACAUCUAUAUUUUUAUAGUGUUAACCCUGUUUAUAUGAUUCAUUAACAGGGGUUUAUAUCUGUUCUGGGAAUUUGGAUACUAUCUUUAAUGCUUUGCACAUCAGCAUGUGCUGAAAACAGUUUGAUAUCAGUAACUCAGACAGCAUAUGGAGGUGGUCUGGGAUGUCUUCAUCCAGAUUUUAUUGGUAGUUUGGAUGUAGCUUACGUUAUUGCAAGAAUUAAGACUGCCCCGUGAACUGUGAUCUGCAGUAGUUCUGUUGAAAGGGAGCCACAGAACUGAUGUAUGGGCUUUUGUUUGCAAGUGAAUUCUGAUAUCAGGUCAUCACUGAAUGCAGAGUAUGGGCUGUCGUAUUGUGCUGUCACUUGAUAUCUGAAUGCCUGAAACGCACCAUUAAUACAAAAUGUAAACAGAGCCUUUGGUUAAUUAUUAAAAUGUAUUUACCGAUGUGCUUUUUUAAAUUCUUGUGUUUAUACAUCCAGUUUAUUAUGUCAUAUUUUUUGUUUUUUUAAAAAGCAUCUUUUUAGCCUGUUGUGACUGUGAAAAUGAGACUAGCCAAAGGAACGAUGCUGCAGAGGAGAAAAGUUUUAUUGAGAUCUCUUUGAAUGGAAAUAACUUCAAAAAAUUAACUAAGUAGAUGUUUUUUUCCACCAAUUUAAGGUCACAUAUUUAACUCUUUUAAGACAAGUUUAUAUUGGUCUCAGAGGUCCCUAAAACAUGCCUGUGAAAUCUAU